GUCCGGUGGCUUUACAGCCCCGGCGUUGUGCCUCGCGUGUGUCUUUAGUUGUUUUUUCUUCUUUCUUUAGUAUCGUUCUCAUCGGCGUUGUAGUUUUCGAGUGGUUUUGGCUUCUCUCGACGAGAUCGGAGGCGGAGUUACUCUGUUCAAGGUGUAGUUCCGCUAAAGCUUUCGGAGUUUCAGUUGUCUUGCUCGAUCUACCUCUUGUGUUUGGUUCCGUUUCGCCAUGGAUUCGUUUUCUAUUGCUGUUUUGUCGGAGUCUCGCUCAACCAUUGCAGAUCCAGAUCUGGUCCGUCGCGGGGGUCGAUGGUGCUUGUCGGAGUGGUUUCUUAUGUGGGGAUGGUGGUGUUGAUUUCUUGACUGGUAAUUGAUUUCAAUUUCUUCAAGUCAAGCUUGUUUGGUAUAUCCCCGGUUUGCUUGUUGGUGGCCUUAGUUAUUGUUCGUGUCUUAGUUUGUGGGUUAGUUGCUCUGGAUGGCGGUUUCUUCUCCUGAUUGUUUUGGAAUUCUCAGAGUCUUCUUUUUGUGGGGUUUUUGUCUGUUCUGUGGUUGGAUCUUGUUUGAGUGAAGUUUCGGUUCUGGCCAUUAUUUCUCUGCCUUGGUGUUGUGUUUUGUAUCGUUUGUCCUGGAAAAUCUCUCGUGUGGUGAGACGGACUCGAUGCCUUUUGCCAUUGGCUCUUUGCUCAUCUUCUUUGGUUGGUUCUUCUGUCUCAUCAAGAUUUGUUUCGUUUGGAGUUCGUGGGUCGCUAUUUUGCCAUCUUAUGCGGUAUCUCUUCCACUUGAGGUUAUCGUCUUCUCGGGGUUGGUUUGGAACGUUUAAUACUACCCAAAGCUCUAUCAAUUCUUUCAGCUGAGAGAGGAGCUAUUCAUGGGUUUUGAUUCGGUUCCUCUCCACAAGACAAAUAAGGCAUUUAUUGUGCG